CCAAUUUCCCCAAUGCAGGGUUGAAAAUCAGUUCUGAGCACUGGCAGUGUUUAACCAGCAAGGGCAAACAGCCUGGCAGCCUCCGCUUCGGACGCUGCGUCUCGGUGUCAUUUUAUCUUGGGGGGACCUGGAGCCCCAGCCCAGACUUCUGUGCUUCUCACAGUUCCGCUCUGCCAAGGCGCUGCUGACUGCUUCUGGUGGGGGACUUUGUCCCCUGUAGAGUGUGACUUGUGGCCUAUAAAGCUGGGCACACACCUGGGUCACACCUCACCGCCCCCCUCUGACUCUGCUGUGGCCGCUGCUGCUCCUACACUGAAGGACCCACGAUGGCCAACGAAGCAAACCCUUGCCCGUGCGACAUCGGCCACCGGCUGGAGUACGGGGGGAUGGGCCACGAGGUGCAGGUGGAGCACAUCAAGGCUUACAUCACCCGGCCCCCAGCUGACCAGGGAAGAGCUGUCAUUGUGGUGCAGGACAUCUUUGGCUGGGAGCUGCCCAACACCAGGUACAUGGCCGACCUGAUCGCAGGAAAUGGAUACACAGCCAUCGUCCCAGACUUCUUUGUGGGGAAGGAGCCGUGGAGCCCCUCUGGGGACUGGAACACCUUCCCCGAGUGGAUCAAGUCCAGAGACGCCAGGAAGGUGGACAAGGAGGUCGCUGCCGUCCUGCGCUACCUGAAACAGCAGUGUGGAGCCCAGAGGAUCGGCAUCGUGGGCUUCUGCUGGGGGGGCAUCGUGGUGCACCACGUGAUGACCAAGUACCCCGAGAUCAGGGCGGGGGUGUCUGUCUACGGCAUUGUCCGGGAUUCUGAAGACGUAUAUGACCUGAAGAACCCCACGCUGUUCAUUUUUGGUGAGAAAGACCCUGUGAUUCCCCUGGAGCAGGUCUCUCUGCUGACCCAGAAGCUGAAGGAGCACUGCAAGGUGGCACACCAAGUGAAAACCUUCACCGGGCAGACCCACGGCUUCGUGCACCGCAAGAAGGAGGACUGCCAGGCGCCCGACAAGCCCUACAUCGACGAGGCCAGGCGGAAUCUAGUCGAGUGGCUGCAUAAGUACGUGUAGCAGCGGUUGGGUGCAAACUUCUAAAUCGCUUCAUUUGGAAAUUUGCCUCUGUACUUAGUUCAUUGGAAUUUUCUUUUUUAGUUGCAAAAAAAUGUAGGGGCUGGGGAUUUAGCUCAGCGGCAUAAGCGCCUGCCUUGCAAGUGUGUGGUCAAGAGUUUGAUCCCUGGUACCAAUAAAAAAGAAAAAGACAAAAAAAAAAAAAAUGUAAGGAUGUUGAAGUUUGUUUCAUCUGAAACACAAAUUGGGAAGAAAAUGUUAAUGCAUGGAAAUCACCCUGAGCAUGUGUAUUAAGUGGACAUUAAGGGGCUAGCAGUCUCUGGAGAACCUGAAUGGGAGCAGGAAUGGGGUUAUGAGGGCCUGUCUGUGUGAGCUGGCUGCAUCCUUCGCCACCCGUGGAGAACCCCGUCAGGACAAGCCCAGGCCUCCAUCAGCUCUCCCUAGUUAUCCUGCUCUUAAGUACACUCAAGUUCUCAAUCCAUGAUGCUGAAAUAAAGGUUCUACCGACCUGGUGACACCAACUAA